AAAGUCCUCUUAUGAUGUAAAGGAAAAAUAGUUCACCAGUAUAUAACAAAAGAAACGAAACAGACAGCAACGAAUUGGUGUAACUUUAUAAACGGGGAAAUAUUGUGAAAGUUUGUUAGGAUAUCUAAUUUUCAUAAACAGUUUUAAGUUAUAGUCGAUUUAUAUCUAUAUAAAAGAACAUAUUUCGGAUUAAGCGAAGAAUGAAAAUUAAAUAUGGAUGGGCCUAUUUCUUAUCAGUGUCACUGGUAGCCUCAGCGCUCGCUCAACCAACGGACAAAAUUGAAAGCGGCACCACAGAUGGCGGAAUCAUUGCCCCGGCCACGGGUGGCAUAUGGAACUUCCUGUACGGUCAAGGAAUGUCUCCAGAUCAACAAAGGAACAUCGGUUUGAUUGAAGAGUUCGUAACUUUUUCGGAUGAUUAUACUACGGAGCAGAGUAUGACCCAAUCAAGUAGUUCUGACAACUCUGCAACAGAGGCAUCAGCAACUCAACAAUACCCUGAUGCGAUUAAUAAAAACACAAACGAAAUCAGUCCUGACACUAUGCCGCCAGAGGAGUUUGCGAAAUGGUUGAACAGUAUCGAGCCUGGUAGAACGCAGAAGCCCACAGAAACCGAGACCUCAGUCAAUAUUGAUCAUGCCAACCCCGAAGAAUUUCCUCCAGAUAAAUUUCGAAAUUGGCUCGAGUCAAAGACACCUCGCCCGGUCAGUGCAAUUGAAACUCACCAUCGGACGAAGGCGGUUGAUAAACAGACUGGGUUGUCAAGAAACAUGAUCAUCGUCAUCUCAACGGCAGGCGGCACCGCAUGCUUCUGCAUUAUACUCAUAGCAUCUGUGUUCUGUCUUAAACGGAAAAAGGUCACCAAAACAGUUGAGGAUGUGGACUACAAGAACUUCACAGUAAAAACCCUACACCCGCUCUCAGUGACAGGCAAGACCUCAGACUUGUUCAUGGGUAUCCCGGCAAACAACGAAAUCUGGAAGGAUUUGCAGACAUUACCCAAGUCUUCUUCAAACACGUCUUUGUCAGAUUCAGAAAAGAAAUAAAAUUGAUUAUGAAAGUA